UCCGCGUUGUGGAAAAUUACAUAUCACCUUUUUACACGGGAAGUUCUUUCGACGGUCAGUCAUCCGUCGUCCAGCAGAGUCUUCGUGUCGUAUUAUCGCCGAGCGUCGAGCGGUCACGGAAACCGUUUCGCCAAGACGGUCCGAACGAAUUUCCAUCCACUAAUUUUAUUACCUUCUUCGAUUAUAUUAUCGAAACAGGUAGAAAAGUAACAGUUCGUAAAACUCAGUAUGUGCGAAUUAGCGAUGCGGUUCAAAGUAUCCGUGGAGGCCGUGAUUUGUUCUACGGCAUUCAUUGUCAGGUUCGUCCAUUGCUUGUCAUUUUGGCUGGACAAAGAAAACGCUAGUCCGAUUAUCUUGGACAUGAUACGAUUGACGUCUGUAUUUCACCCGUUGUGCGAGAUGGUUGAUUUACUUAUUAGCGCAUACCGAGCCAGAUCUGAUCCGGUCAGAUUGACCAAAGUUUUAUCGGACAUAGUACUCAAGUUCAAUUUGACGACAAAGAUCUCCGCGUCUCAGAGACGACAGACCCAGAAUGAUUAAGAAUCCAGCUUCUGCAACAUUUUGGGAUACUCGAGAAAGUUUUUGUCUGGAAACUUUCAACCUUGGAGAAGCUGCGAUCAAGAAUUUACCACGAAGUAGUUUGAGUUCAAACAAUGUCAUGUAUCCGUCAAAAUUAUGCAUAAAUUAAUAGUCACAUUUUAAACUUUGAAUA